GCAUUGUUCUUUUUUCAAGUUUCCGAGUGACAGGUGACAUGUGCGCCACACCUCUGACAAGUGUUAGUUCAGAGCUCUCUGUGGCAGCAGCAAGACUUCCAGAUCCAUCAGCUGUUGUGAUUCUAUUUUGGGACCAAAUCACCAUCAGCCAUGUCGUACAAAUACAACGAGUGGAACAGUGGCCUCCUGUCCUGUUGUGAUGACAUGAGUUCUUGUUGCUAUGGUUUCUGGUGCUGCCCUUGUCUUGCCUGCACGGUUGCAGGCAGCUUUGGAGAGAACCGAUGUCUCCCGUUGUGCGACAUCUGCAGCCCUGCGGUGAUGUCGUCCAUCGGUAUACCUCUGUGUGUGCCCCCCGCCGGCUUGUCUCUCAGAGUUGGCAUUCGACACAUGUACGGCAUUAAGGGUUCCCUCUGUAAGGACAUUGCCACUUCCUGUGUGUGUGUUUGGUGUAACUGGUGUCAGAUGCACCGCGAGCUGAAGAUCCGUAAAAAAGGCGACACUGUGGUCAUCCAGCAGCCAAAACCAGCAGCCUCUUAAUAAAAUGGAAAUCCAGGAUGAAGCUCAAGUUUUAUUGUAGUCUCCUUUAUAAACAGCGCUGGAUUUUUCUGACACAUUUUUCUAAGAGGUUCACUAACUUUUCAUCAUUUUUAAUCAAAUUGCCUUUAAAUUUUGAUAUUUCUCAACUUUUAUUAAGUUCAGCCUCUUAGAUUACAUCUUGUGUUUUACAAUAUCCAAGAUAACUAUAGUUUAAGGUCAAAUUUUGCUUUUUGUACUUCAUGAAGAAUAAGAUGAAGAUGGAGAUGAAGAAAAACAAGGGAUGACAUGUCGGCCUAUGAAUGUUGACUGAUAAAAACUGAUUGCAUUGAUUACUUUAUGCAGCAACAACUUAUAAAUAUAAAUGCUUAAAAACAGUUUGGUCUGAAAUGUAUUGAUCCAAUAAAUGUCUAAAUAAUUAA